AUGGUAACAGUCAGGUUUUUUGGUGACACUACAUCAGAGUUUAUUUCAAUACAUUCAACUAUCUCUCCUGGAAUAUCAGCCACUAUAUACAUCAAGGUUGAACGAUUACUCUCAUUACUCAAAAAUAAAAAAGAUGCCAUUAAUCACAUACUAGACCUAGUGCAAGAUGAGUUUGAAGUAGUCAACAAAGUAGUCUUUAUUAAUACAGAUGUAAAUGGUGGUGAUAGUGUUCAUGACGGAGAGUUUAAUAGUAAUGGACCAACUGAUUUGUCUUCAUUCUUCAGUAAUGAAAAUGGUGGUAAUGAAAAGAAAAUGGCAGAUGAUAAUGAAAAUGGUGGUAGUGAUAAAAAUGAUGAUGAAGGUAUCACUAUUACAUCUACUGCUACAGCUGUUGAUAAAAAAAAUCCAAUUAAAAUCUUUUGCGCUAAUGUACAUGAUUGUAAAACAGGGUGUAUGCUAAGUGAAAAUUGGAAAUCACUUUAUGAAUUAGGUUUUGGCUAUUUUCUAGACUCUGUGAAGGUUAAAAUUUCUCCAAUUCUACACGAUGAUGAAAAUACUGUAUAUUCUCUAUGA